AUGCCAGGGGUUCCUUCAAGCAAAGGGUGUGAUGCUUGUCGACGCGUGAAGAAAAAAUGCGAUGAACGUCAACCAUGCUCUCGGUGUUGCCGGCUGCAGAUAACGUGUGUUGGAAGCGGGCAGCAAAGAUUUAAAUUCAAAUAUGCGGAGUCAGCGAUGACGAAAGCAGUGAACACACGGUCGAGGCCUAUCAGGAGCGCUAUAUCAGUAUCCAGGAAUGCACAAAACAUCCAAACUUUGAUACAGAUACAGAUGCCUAGCAAUAAACUUGCUAUGUCCUUGAUUAGCACUCUUGAUAUUACAGACGUCAGAUUUGAUAUAAGCUAUUAUGGCCAGUUUUUGAAGGAGAUUCCGAAAAGAGUUGGCACGAGUCUAGCCCUAGAUGCAUCUGUCAAGGCUGUGGUAACCGCAUAUCCUUAUUUUCGCCACCAGAACUUCUCACCGGCUGCAUAUUUGGAAUAUUGCAAAUCUCUCCGAGCACUACGCGAAUCACUGAGUGACCCUAUCGAAGCCCGGUCCACCAACACUCUCUGUGCAGUCUACUUGAUUACAAUUUGUCAGAGCUGGCUUGGAAAAUACGAUGAUCAGCUGAAAGGCCAUGGAGAGGCUAUCUCCCAUCUCCUCAGAAUUGCUGAUCUGCAGAAAUGCAAAAGUGAUUUUGAGAAGGAUAUUGUUAUCACCUUGACUGUACCUGUGAUCCUUGAGGCUAUAGUGAACCCUCGCAUACAGAUGGAUUCGAAGUGGUGGGAAGAUGUUACUCAACGGUAUUCCAUGGUCCCGAAAGCCCAAAUACAUGGUCCACCGCGAUGUAGAGCAACUCUGGGAACACUGGCAAAAUUUCCCCACUGGAUCCGGCAGCCUGGGUCGUCUGUUGCAGAGAUUGCCGCUGUUUACAUUCAGAUGCGAGAGGAUGCACAGCAGAUGCGGCGAUACCUAGACCAAUGGCCGACUGCUGAUACAAGCUCUUUUAGUGAUCCACAAGUCGUACAACAUUCUCGAUAUCAAGCUGGAUAUACGCUGGCUGUCACUCUGGCUCUUAUCCUAAAUACUCUCUUGCUGGCAUUUGAGUCUAGCAAUGCAAUGCUCACCUGGGAAUCAAUAUCAUUUUGUGAUGAGAUUAUACGCCAGUCGGAGUUUGCUUGUCGUUAUCGUCCCCUUGGUGCGGCUUAUAUCUCGCUGUGCCUUGUGGUUGGCUGUGCCGCAGCAAAGGAUUCACAGCAGUUGAAGCGACUUCAGUCUCUUUUGGCGGAUUAUCAAACCGACUUCAAAGAAAUCAAUUGGAUUGAGCAUACGGCAUGGCUUCGAAUGAUCUUUGAAAGCCAUCAUGUAAGUCUUGAAAAUAAGCAAGACACGGUCAAAGGUUCACAACAACACGGUUGGGCAACGCCAGACAAUAUAUGGGAUGAGAAUGCCAACCGCCCGGAAUCAUGUUGUGUGAUGUAA